GCGCGAGUUCGCUCAUGCGUGCGCGCGAUGGCGGACGGCCCAAAUGAGCGGCAAGAAGCAGCAGUAGGAACCAAAAAUUACGCGCAUCAGCUCAAGUUUCGUGGGACGACUGCAGUGAUACGGUCGCUUCGCGCCCUGAACGCUCCAAAGAAGCGUGCGACGAAGUCGACAGCGCCAAUCGAAUCGCAGUACCUCGGCCUCGGCACCAAGAUCGUUCAAUUGUGUGAGUCGAACGUGCCCCUGCGCCGACGUCUGGCCCAUUUGUCCAUGAUCCACGCUGAAGAAGUCGAUGGUGAUUCUGAGGACGAUUUGGAGCUGAUUGGGGGCCAAGGUCUCAAGGAUCCUCGCGAAGACGAACUCCUUGCCCUCUUGCGGAAGCAAGACGCUGCAUUCUCCUCAACAAGCUCUGAAUCUCUGCACAUUUGUCAUCCAAGCAUCCAGCGGUCCAAAAGUGCGAUGGUGUUGCCUCCUGCCGUGGACCAGGACGUCGCCGAGGCCAUUCAGCAUGACCUAGUCACAACAUUGCCGACUGUGCAGUGGACAGCAGCCUUUGAGAUCCCCUACCUCAAAUUCAAACAAAAGCGACGCGGGGCCAACUUGAGUUCUGCGCAAAUGUUUCGUGCGUUCUUGCUCACGCCAACGUUUCGCCAGUUGCAUUCAGCUGCGAACGGCACGACCUGCUUUGACGAGGACAAAACGGGCGAAUACGCGUCCCUUGACGUGGAUGCUACGCAAAAGCGAGGGCUCCAGAAGCGGUUCCAAAAGCUGGCCAAGCCGAUUCGCGAAUCGUUAGUGCUGUCGCUGUCUUCGCACAUGCUCGACACACUCGCGCACAUGACUGCAAUGUACACCGCCGCCCGCCGCGACUUUCUCGCCAAUAUGUCCAAGUACUCCAAGUACGAGCGCGAGCAGAACGAAGUGGCCAAGCACCACGCGGCAGCGCUCUCGGGCAAACGAGACCAAUUGAGACAAGAUGUCGACCGCACAAAGCACCACUUGAACGCGCUCGCUCAGCGGACGACAACCAUCCAUUCUGUGUCCAGCUCGAAGAGCCACGUAAUCACGACGCCACGCAUGCCCGACUUCCUCAAACCGAUCGUGUCACCCAAGAAAGUCACGAAGGACCACUCGCCGGCAUGGAAGCGCAUCAAAGACCUCGAACAAUGCAACACGACGCGAAGUUUGCAGGCUUCAGUUGCCUACGCCAAGGCAAUUCACACUGACGGAAUUGGAGGAGGGGUUACCACCGCCGCCGUUCUCCACAGACAACAUGAAACCAUGGCAUGCUAUAUUGUGUACAUCCAACGGCAUUACCGUGGGCACUUGGCGCGGCGCUACGUCUGGGCACUCAAGUGGAUGUGUGUCAUGUGGCGGUACAUCUUCCUCCCCGACGACAUCUUGGACACGCCUGCCGGUGCUUUGGAGCGAGGGUUCCUCCGCCUCGAUGACUUUGAGGCAAUGAUGGAGUACUUUAGCUACCAGCCGAGCCCUGACCGCAUCUACUUGGCCGGGUUCGCGUUGACGGUGCCGCCGUCCCGACUCGGCCCUCAGUUCGUCGAGUACAAGCGAUUCAAGCGGUACUGGCAUCGCUUCAUGUACCGGCCCGUGAGCACGGGCGACCGCAUCCGGUUUGUCCUCUUUGUGAGAAAUCGACAAACAGUCGUCGCCGCCAUGGACGGCAAGUCGCGCAUGGAUCAGCCCGGCGGCAGUAGCACCGCGCUUGCGCAGUUGAAAAAAUACGCGCUCCUGCAGCAGACUCAAACUCGCCACCGCAAGAAUGGAGCGGACGCGACAGUGGUCAAGUACCAGAGCCACCUGAGCACGCUCAACGACGAGACCAAAGCCCUCGGGCUGCGCGCGAGGCGGAUGCUAUUGCCGAAAGACGAGCGAAACGCGCGGGGAUGGGCCCUCGUCCGCCACAUCGUUGAAGCACAUACGAUGCGCCAAACGUCGUACAAGUCAGUCCAUCAUGUCGUUUCGCAUAUGCAGGACGUGGACACUCUCGACGGCCGCCGACGCAUCAGCAUGCUUCGAGAAGACUUGCAAGCUUGCUGCCCAACCAACGAAGGCGGGACAGUCACGACAAAGUCGCCAACGAAGCUCCAAAGGAUGCUGCAACGACUCAAACAAGCAGUACAAGACGCGAGAGCCCUCGUGACAUACAUUGAAGAAAUAGGGUUGGACCCAACUGAGUUGACGAUCGGUGAAAACGAACUCCCACCACCACCCUGUGUGGCGCGACUGGACAAGACAAAACAUGUGCGGGGCUGCAACAAGCUCGUGGAUCUCCUCGACCGCCUGCAUAGCUUGAACCAAUUGUUCCACGACUCUUGGUUCGCAUUUGGCAACCGCAAGAUCAUCAUGGGCCCAGAAGGCGGCAACAUUGUCACGUCCACACGGAAAUAUGUGCUCGAGUCGAUGCAGUUGUUGGCUUUGGCUUGGCGGCAACUUCGUGGCGCGGCAAGGUCUACCUUGACCAAGUCCGGAAGCAUGCGCAACCUUCACCGCACGAAGCGUACAGAGCAGUUCCAUGAGCUUCUCCUGGCAUACGAUGUCAACAUUCGCAACAUGAGCGUCAUCCUCGAGAACUAUGAAGGAGACGUUGGUGUGUUUCGGCCCGACGAACACGGCAGCUCUUGUUUCUAGAACAUAUAUCGGCAUAUUCCGGAUAUCGGAUUGUUUAUCCGGUACAUUUCCUCGUCAAGCGUGCUUCUAUU